UUCUUCGCGCGAGGUUUCGUGCGGUUAGUGUAGGCAUUACGUUGCUCGGAGUAUCCGCAAUCCGUUCGCUAUUACCGAUGUGGUCGCUCAUCUCUCGUCCCCUAGGUUUCUUUCGCCGGAUGCUUGUGGAUGUUUGUAGCGGUGUGCAUGUUGGUGCGAUGGGAGCAUAGGUUGUGGAGUAGUCGAAGAGGGAGGAGGGGAGCAUAAGUUGAGGAAUUGUAGAAGCACCAAUUUUGCAAGAACGUGUUAUGCUGAAGUGGUUGUAGUAUGGUUGUUGAAUCAGGAAGGAAGGAAGGAAGGAAGAAGGGAGGGUUGUGACAGGUUGUGGGAGUCUUGGAGGUGCUGGUUUUGUGGUGUGGUGUCGCAGUUUGGUGGGAGCUUGGAGAUUUAGAAGGAAGGGUUGACGAUGAGCAGCCGCAGCCCACCGCCAAAGGACCGCAGAAUUCGUACUGAGCGUACCUCUUACCGUGAUGCGCCAUACCGGAGAGACAACCGCCGUGGUCCUAGCAGAUUCCCUAAUGAUUUGUGCAACAAUUGUAAGCGUCCAGGACAUUUUGCUAGAGAUUGUCCAAAUGUGGCUCUCUGCCAUGCCUGUGGACUUCCAGGGCACAUUGCAGCAGAGUGUUCUUCCAAAGACCUCUGCUGGAAUUGCAAAGAGCCUGGUCAUAUGGCUAACAGCUGCCCUAAUGAAGGGAUAUGCCGUAACUGUGGCAAGUCAGGUCACAUUGCAAGAGACUGCACGGCUCCACCAAUGCUGCCAGGUGAAAUGAGGCUUUGCAGCAACUGCUACAAACCGGGGCACCUUGCUGCGGAAUGCACCAAUGAGAAGGCCUGCAACAACUGUAGGAAGAGUGGCCAUCUUGCUCGAAACUGCCCCAACGAGCCUGUCUGCAACCUAUGCAACAUCGCAGGACAUUUGGCUCGAGAGUGCCCCAAAUCUGAAACUAUCAAUGAGAGGGGCGGUCCUCCUCCCUUCCGUGGCGGCGGUCCUCCUCCUCCCUUCCGUGGUGGAUAUAGUGAUGUGAUCUGCCGGGCUUGCAACCAGGUUGGCCAUAUGAGCCGUGAUUGCAUGGCAGGUGCCUUCAUGAUCUGCCACAACUGCGGUGGCCGUGGUCACAUGGCUUAUGAGUGCCCAUCUGGGAGGCUUAUGGACCGGUUCCCCCCUCCUCGCCGUUAUUGAGUGAUAUCCAAAGUGCUCUAUCAGAUGACUCUUCCUUCCUUGGGACCAGCUUAUGAAUAAUCAUUAUCCUGUGCUUUAUGGCUUAAGAAUGGUAGUGGAUCUCAGAUACUUCAGUUUUUCGUAGUUUGUCAGUUUACUUGUAAUUGUGGGAUCCGCCGUUUAACUGAGACACUCCAUUGAUCGUUGAGGAUGAAUUCCAUAUGGGCUACUUGUUUUGAUGCCUACAAACUUCAAAUU